GUAUUGAUACAUACCUAUAUAAAAGAUGGGCCUUUGCUCAGGCCUUGAGUUCGUGCCUGAUCCCCCAAAGGACUGGACGUCAUGAGUGACAAUCGUUAUGGUGCGGAUUACGCCAAGCGCGUGGCUAAUUGCAAGAAGUGCAAGGCCAAGAUCGACAAAGGCCAGUUGCGCUUGGCCAAGAUCACGGCCAAUAAUCCGUUCAGUGACGGCGGGGGCGACAUGAAGCUCUAUCACCAUCCCCAAUGUCUUUUCGAUACGUUCAAACGGGCCAGACCCGCCACCAAAAUCAUUGAGGAAAUCGAGGAUAUUGAAGACUUCACUGACUUGACCGACGAGGAUAAAGCGCUUUUGAAGCAGCUCAUCAAAGACAAUCCUCGCGCUACCAAAGGUGCCACUCCCACCAAGAAAGCCCCACCCAAGCCCAAGGCGACACCACCCUCCCCUCUCAAAUCCCCUUCUACCCCCGCCCCUCAGAGCUCAGAUCCGCCUCCGCCAACUCGCUCCGUUCAGGGUGAACCCAACCACAAAGACAAUGGAUUUCGACAAUUCCGCAAGAUCUGUGCUCGAUUGGCGGAAGAACCCAGUUACAACGCCAAAACCGAGAUUAUCCGUCAAUUCCUGACCCGUGGUACGGAUCAGACCUCCUUCAAGGGUGACUUAUACGUUUGGGUUCGAUUGCUAUUGCCGGGGACGGUCAAACGCGUGUACAAUCUUCAAUCCAAACAAUUGGUCAAGAUCUUCAGUCGGAUCUUUGGCACGAUCGAAGAGGACAUGCUCGAGCAUUUAGAAGCCGGGGAUGUCGCCGACACGAUCGCCGAGUUCUUCGAGCAAUCCAAGCGAGUCCGACCCAAUAGCAAGGCCAAUUUGACCUUGCACCAAGUCGACCAACACCUCGAAGCCUUAUCACAACUCACCCGUGAAGACGACCAGCAAACGGAGUUAACACAAAUCGCCGAGCAAUGCACGUCCAAUGAUCUCAAGAUGGUCAUUCGACUGGUUAAGCAUGAUUUACGGAUCCACGCCGGGGCCAAGCACAUCCUGGAUGGCCUUCAUCCCGAUGCGUACGAUGCCUUCAACAGCUCCAGGAACAUUAUGACCGUGUUGGAUAAAGUGGUGGCCAUGAGGAAGAGCGGCCAGAUCAAUGGACCGCUCGAGGUGGCCACCGCUUUAAUGCACCCGGUUCAGCCGAUGUUGGCCAUGGCUUGCAAGUCCGUGGAUAUGGCCUUUCAAAAAUGUCCUAAUGGCAUGUACUCGGAGAUUAAGUACGAUGGGGAGCGAGUUCAAUUGCACAAACAGGGCUCGGAUUUCAAGUACUUUUCGCGGAGCCUCAAGCCGGUUUUACCUCACAAGGUGAAGCACUUCAAGGACUUCAUACCCAAAGCAUUUCCCGAUGGUUCGGAUCUGAUCCUGGAUGCGGAAGUGCUAAUGGUGGAUAACAAGACUGGCGAUCCCCUGCCUUUCGGCAGUUUAGGCGUGCACAAAGGUGCGGGCUUCAAAGAUGCCACACCCUGCUUGUUCGUGUUCGAUUGUCUUUACUACAACGGCCAGAGUCUCCUUCAACGACCCAUUCAAGAACGCAGGAAACAUCUCCUCGAUCACAUGGUAGAAGUGGGCAAUCACAUCAAGUUCUCCGAGGCACUCCUGAUCACGAAAAAGCAGCAAUUGGGCGAUAUGAUCAAACGAGUCCUCACCCAAGGUCUCGAGGGACUGGUCUUGAAGGACCUGAAAAGCGUCUACGAACCCGGCAAACGCCAUUGGUUAAAGGUCAAGAAGGACUACUUGAAUGACGGAGCCAUGGCCGAUUCCGCGGACUUGGUGGUCUUGGGAGCUUGGUACGGCUCUGGCAACAAAGGUGGCAUUAUGUCCAUCUUCCUCAUGGGCUGUCUCAACCACGCCAAGACCAAAUGGCACACAGUUACCAAAGUUCACACGGGUCUGGAUGACAACGAGUUGGAGCGCGUCCAAAAAGAGCUCGAGCCCAAUAUGGAGAAGAUCAAGGGCGAUUACUCGAAAAUUCCCAACUGGUUGGAUUGCACGCGUCAAAUGACGCCGGAUUUUGUGGCCAAGGACCCAAAAUGCUCACCGGUUUGGGAGAUCACCGGUGCCGAGUUCACCAAAGCUGAAAUCCACACGGCCUCUGGAAUCUCGAUCCGAUUCCCAAGAAUCACCAAGCAGAGAAAGGAUAAAACCUGGCAGACGGCCACCUCGUUAGGCGAGCUCAAGGCCUUGUUCAAGGCCUCCAAAGAGAAUGUGGACUUUGACAUUGACUACUCCAGUGAGAGCAGUCCUAAGAAGGAAGUCAAGUCAGAACCCAAGAGCGAAUCACCAUCUGCAAAACCAAGUCCCAAGAUCAAUCAAGAGCCAUUGAUUCCCACCGUGUCCUCGACCAAUGGCCGGUCUUUCCAGAAAACUCACAUCAAGGCUGAAUCCAGUGGAUUCGAGUUGACUGUCAAGACCGGCGAUCUGUUCACUCAGCCGGGUGCGAAUGAGUCGUUGGCUCAUUGCAUCAGUCAAGAUUGCAAGUUGGGCAAGGGGAUUGCCAAGUUGUUUCGCGAGAAGUUCGGCCGCAUCUCGGAAAUUCAAGCUUGUAACGCGGGCAUUGGCGAGGUUGCGCCCCUCAAGGAAGGCCAACGAUUCGUUUAUAACCUGGUCACCAAGGCCAAGUACCAUCAAAAACCGACUUACGAGAGCCUUCGACAGAGUCUAGAGUCAAUGAAGACCCAUGCUUUGAGCAAUGGAGUGAAACGCAUUUCAAUGCCCAAAAUUGGGUGUGGCUUAGACGGGUUAAAUUGGAACGCCGUGAGGACAUUAAUCAAGAACGUGUUCUUGAGCUGUGACAUUCAAAUCACGAUCUAUUUUUUUGGACAAGACGACCAAAGUAGUACUCCAAUCAAAAAGGUCGCGACCAGCCCAAUGAAGAAGAAGACGCCCACUAAGCGAUCCAGUUCCGAUGAGGACGAUUACAACGCUUCUACGGAUGAAGAAGACCAGAAGACAGCCCCGCCGAAGGUCAAGGUUGAAAAGCUGGAUCUUCCCGACCUGUUCGUGGAUAUGAAGAUUAGGUUGGUGGAGGGUGUGAGCCUGCCUAAGAAAAUGGAACGUUUUGUGGUAGCUUAUGGCGGAGAAAUCUUGAGUGAUUUCCAAGUAGGCGAGGCUACCCACGUGAUUUAUCCCAAAGGUUCCAGGAAGAAAGAGCUCUUGAACAACGCCCCGACAACGGCCCUUCAUCUCAAGGACACCUGGUUGCAAGACAGUAUUAAACGGCAAAAACUGGCGCAUAUAAAAUCUCACACGAUUGCUUAGGGACAGAAAUAACAUGUCAAGCUGAAAAGCGGUUUUGCUCUCAAUUCCUUUUUACUGUACUCCUCCGCAAUUUAGUAGUGCUAAUAAACCACAGAGAACAUA